AUGGAGCGAACUCUGUCCCGCGUUGAACUGAUUACUGUGUUCGUGCAUACGCGGAAGGGGCCGUGGCUGCGUUCGCAGGUAGAUCUGCCGCGCAGUAUUAGUUGCGGCAAGAUACGUUUCAAUUCGUCUAUGGCAGCGUCCUCUAGCGCCAGCACCCGCCAGGAUCUUAGGCCACUGUGCCUAGGAAUCCGGGAGACUGGAAGAGCGGCUGGCCGUGUUUUGAGAAUAUCCAAUUUUAAGCCUUUGACUCUUUUGCAGCUCACGUUCAUCGUCUGGUCCGAUCGAGGCCCCUCGCUACCCGUGAUCAGCAGCAGCGGGAUCACCAGCAACUGGAACAAGAACCCCAACCAAAGGAGCACACGCCGGCAACUGCAGCAGCACCAGCGUGCUGCUGACACGCCGGCAACUGUAGCAGCACCAGCGUGCUGCUGCAGUUGCCGGCGUGUGGGAGCCGCAGAAAGCGGAUGCGAUGGCAGCGGCAACGGCAGCAGCAGCAACAGCAAGAUCAACGACUCUGCGUUCAGCAGGAGGCGCGCCAAGAAGGCGAUAGCAGCAGCUGGCCUGCCUACAGUACAAAUCCCAGGAAUGAAUUGUCUUCACAGCAAGACAGCAGUUGUGCUGCAUCCCCACAUUGCACCUGUGGAGUAUCAGCAGCAGCAGUUUGUGCUUGCGGCCAACAGAAAGAUGGAGAAGCAAAAAGACAAACAGCAGCAGCUUGGACACCAACAAAGCAGCAGCAGCAACAAGGGGUACAGCAACAAGUGA